UUAUUUCCUUGUAUAAAAUUUCUUUGACACGGUUAGAAAAGUCAAUUACUGGGAUUCCAUUGACGGUGGACCUUAUAAUAUCAUUGUCUAACAGAGUAAAAUCUCCGUCACUCCUCCCAUCAAAACCUGCAAAUCCUUAAUCAGCCCCAAAGAGUUUGUCUUUCCAAGACAUUACCAUACUCGAUGAUAAGAUAAAAUCCAUAGCCAUAUCCAUAGAGACCCCAUCGGAUCCAUCUUUGAACCUUAUUUUCUUGGUAUUGCAAUCUUCAUAUGACCGCAAGUCAUCGUCGCCGUCGAUCAUUUUCAGAGAGUUUUCCAUUUUGGAAGAAUCUUUUUACUAUUUUUUUAAUCUUUAUACGUUAAAGGCUAUUUUUGACAUUAUGCCUUUAGCCUUUUAUCAAAACCCUUUCUUUACCCGCACUGAUCCACGCUGAAAAAUAAAAGAAAAAAAAAUUCUUCUACUUUGCUUUCAUGUAACGCUGAAAAAAAAAAUUAAGAAAAUUCCCAAGUGAAAAAAGGAGAAGAAAUGGCCUCAAAGCUUCUUCGUCAAACCCUAACCAAAACCUACACAACCGCCGUUAUACGCCGCUUCUCCACCGUGGCUGCUGUAGCUUCCCCUUCCGAGUAUGAGGACCCAACAGGAAUCACCAUGAAAGGUGUGAAAAUUUCGGGCCGUCCACUUUACCUCGACAUGCAAGCGACUACCCCCGUGGAUCCUAGGGUUUUAGAUUCGAUGCUUCCGUUUUACCUCUCCCGUUAUGGGAACCCUCACUCCCGUACUCACCUCUACGGUUGGGAAUCUGAAACCGCCGUCGAAACAGCCCGCGCACAAGUCGCGGCACUCAUUGGAGCUUCCCCGAAAGAAAUCGUCUUUACCUCCGGCGCCACCGAAUCGAACAACAUCUCAAUCAAAGGCGUUAUGCAUUUCUACAAGGACAAGAAGCGUCACGUCAUCACGACUCAAACGGAGCACAAAUGCGUUUUAGAUUCUUGCCGGCAUCUUCAACAGGAAGGUUUUGAGGUAACUUAUUUGCCUGUCGGGUCUGAUGGGCUUAUUGAUUUGGAUAGAUUAAGGAAAGAAAUCCGGCCCGAUACCGGGUUAAUUUCUGUUAUGGCGGUUAAUAAUGAAAUUGGUGUGGUUCAACCGGUUGAAGAAAUCGGUAAGAUUUGUAAAGAAUUUAAUGUCCCUUUUCAUACUGAUGCUGCACAAGCUUUAGGGAAGAUUAAGGUUGAUGUAGAGAAGUGGAACGUAAGUUUAAUGAGUUUAAGUGGGCAUAAGAUUUAUGGUCCUAAAGGAGUUGGGGCUUUGUAUAUGAGAAGGCGACCUCGGAUUAGAGUUGAGCCGCAAAUGAACGGAGGUGGGCAAGAGAGAGGGAUAAGGAGUGGGACGGUGCCGACUCCACUUGUGGUUGGGAUGGGAGCGGCGUGUGACUUGGCAAUGAAAGAAAUGGAGUAUGAUGAGAAGAGAAUUAAAGGGUUGCAAGAGAGGUUAUUGAAUGGGAUUAGAGAGAAGAUUGAUGGGGUGGUGGUGAAUGGAAGUAUGGAUAGGAGGUAUGUUGGGAACUUAAACUUGUCGUUUGCGUAUGUUGAAGGGGAGAGUUUGUUGAUGGGAUUGAAAGAAGUGGCAGUGUCUAGUGGGAGUGCAUGUACUAGUGCUAGCUUGGAACCAUCAUAUGUACUGAGAGCCUUGGGUGUGGAUGAGGAUAUGGCACAUACUUCGAUUAGGUUUGGGAUUGGAAGGUUUACUACCGAGGAGGAGAUUGAUAGGGCAGUUGAGCUUACUGUGAAACAGGUUGAGAAAUUAAGGGAAAUGAGUCCGCUUUAUGAGAUGGUCAAGGAAGGUAUUGAUAUUAAGCAGAUUCAAUGGGCGCAGCAUUGAUAAACUUUUUAAUAUCAUUGAGGCUGCCUCACUUGGAUAUGAAUUGAAUGUGGCAGUGCUAGCUAGAAUGGUAUGGCUGUAUCCUGGUUUUCUUUUAUUUUCCGUGACUUGUACAUGCCUUGGAGAGCUGAGAGCUUUCUUAGAUAGUUUAUAUGAUUAGAGAGUAAAUCUUGGAUCCUAUUUUGAUAAUAGAAACAAUAAGAAGCACAGAUGUUUAAUAUGUUGGCUCAGUCUGUAUCGGCAUAGCAAGUAAUAGCUAGCUAGUUGUAUGUUUAUUUUUAUGAGAUGAAUGAAAACUUAACUCGGGUGAUCUAUGACCACCGUAGUUAUACCAA